CUUGGGGGCACAACCGCCCCCCGAAACCCCCUUCCGAAGGAGCCUGAGCCGCCUUCCAGUGGGGCACAGGGGCGGUUCCCGGGGGGAAUCCUCGGGGUUUGGGUCGGUUGGUGUCUGGGGUCUGUCCCGGGAGGUGACACUGGUUUCCUCUCUCCCCCCCAGAUCCCAGCUCUGGGGCAGGAUGGGGUCCUGCAGGCGCUGGUGCUUGGAGAGGGGCAGUGCUCGGACCCUGGGAUCAGCGAGGAGCAGCUCCGGGCCCAGGAGGAGUGGGAGGCUCUGGAAGAGAUCCAGUCAGGUACUGGGAACAACGGGGGCCUGGCAGCUGGAAAGGUCUGGGGAGGAGGGCAGGACCUGGAUCCCGGAGGGCAGGAUGGGAAGGUCCGGGGGCCAGGGCGCCGGGGGGGCCUGUCCGUGCUGCUGCGCUGCCUCGGGGGGCCCCCCCGGCUCCGGCCGCAGCUCCGGGGGGAGCGGGAGCUGGUGCUGGCCAUGGCACAGUGCGCCCUGGAUGACUCGGAGUGGGUGCACAUGCGGAUCCUCCAGACCAUCUACCGGCAGCUGACGCGCUCCCGCCGCGGCUGCCCCCGCUAUGGGACACACUGGGAGGAGCUGGGAUUCCAGGGUGUGGAUCCUGGGACCGACCUGCGUGGGACAGGAAUGCUGGGGCUGAUGCAGAUCCUGUUCUUCGUCCUGGACUCCCGAACAUUGUCGCUGGCCAGGGAGAUCUUCCAGCUCUCCCAGCAUGAAACCCAGAAUUUUCCCUUCUGCAUCAUGUCCGUGAACAUCACCCGGAUCGUCGUCCAGGCGCUGCGGGAGGAGCGGCUCUCCCGGGAAUGUAACCGCCGGCAGCAGGUCAUUGGGGUGCUGAACGACCUCUAUGCCGCUGCCUUCCUGCGGCUCUUCCGCCUCUGGAAGCGGCAGUGCGGGACUGUCGCCGACGCCGGGUCCUUCCUCAAGGAGCUGGAAUUAUCCACCAAAAAGAAGCCAAGGCAGUUGCUGAGGUCCCUGGAAGCCUAUGUGAGCCACAGCCUUCGGCCUUCCUCCCCUCCCUCCUCUUCCUCCCAGAUCCACUUCACUGGCAUCUGUGACCCUGUGGUCGAGCUGGAGGGAGAUUCCCGACUGAUCUGACAUGGAGCAGGAUGCUGCACAGGGAAUUCUGAUGGUGGAUCAGCCCUUGGAGGGGGACACACCAGUGUCUCCCCUGGUUUGGGGGCUCGGGAAGGGCCAGGAGAGGUCACAGAGCCAGGAUUCACCUGCUCCAGGUGGAAAUCUCUGGAAGUGAAGGAGGAAAAGGCAGUGGAAGGGGGGAGAUUCCAUGAACCCCCCAGCCUGGCACUGGGAUAGUCCCUCCAAUGAGUGCAGGGUUCCCGCUGUCCUUACCUUCCCCAGGUGGAGCUGAGGGUGGUGCCAGGCUCCUGGAUCCUAUCCCAGCUCCAGCAGCACCCGGGGUGAGGGUAACCCCCCCUUUGGG